AUGCGGCUGCACGAGCUUCCCCCCUACGUUACCGAAGCCGAAAUCAAAGCAGCGCUUGCUUGCUUUGGUGAAGUGCUUUCGGUAACAGAAACCGAAUAUGGACCGGAGAGUAAGGUUCCGGGAAUAAAGACUGGCAUACGCCUCGUCAAAAUUAUUCUCGGGACACCAACACUGCAGCUCGGACCAACAAUUUUGGUAGGAAAGGAGCGUACCACCGUUACCUACAGUGGACAAAAUCCUUACUGCCGAUACUGCUUAAUGCCUGAGCACACGGGCAUGGGAUGCAUGCAGAGCAAGCGAAGCUUGGUAAAGCAGGGGGCAUCCUACGCAGGAGUGACGAAGGCGGCUCCAACAGCACCAACACAAAAAACCAAACCAAAGCCUCUAACAUCAUCUAAAACACCGGUAGCACCACCAGUGAAAGCGCCAAUACCGAAGGCACCGGCGACAGCACAGAAGGCUCCGGCCGUAGCACCGAAGGCUUCGACUGCAGCACCGAUGGCUCCGACAGAGACACCGAGGGCUCCGGCCGUGUCAGCGAAGGCUACGAGUGCAGCACCGGUGGCUCUGAGCACCGCACCAACACCAACAAACCGUGCAGUGGAGAGUGAGAACGCACUCUCUACGCAUGCUUUCAAAGUGCCUCGAGCUCCCUCUCCCAUCCCUUCUUCCUCAAAGCCAGAUCCUGAUAUCAAAGGUAAGCGCAAAAACGAUGACGAAACGGAUAGCGAUGCGUCUAACGCGUCGAUCGGAGGAACGGUUAAGCGCAAGCCUGGCCGUCCACCGAAAAAUCCGAAAACACUAACACAAACAGACAUACACAUUGGGGAGUAA